AUGUUAAGCAAAAUCAAUUAAACUGUUUUAAGAUAUCACUUGAACGCUCAUAAAAAUUUAUAUAUGAAGAAUAUCAGAGCUUUUUCAUCUUAGAACAACAAUCAAUAAAAUACUGAAGGUGAAUAAAAUACAAAUGGAGGUAGAUAAACUGAAGGUGAAAGCGAGUACCAAGAAACAACAACAUAAAAGACUACUAGUUUUGCUAGAUAGGUAUUCAGAUUAGGCUGGUGGACUUUUGUUGGUUUAUUUUCAUAUAAUUAUUACUUGGCUUCCACUUCUUAAAAUCCAGAGAAGGAAACAGGUUAUGUAGCACCUGUUUUUGCUUUAUCAACAAAAGUACAAAAGAAAGUUUAAGAUGUGAUUGAUUUCUUCACAAAACCUCCAGCAUAAAAUCUUUUAGUUGAUUAGCAUUUAGUUUAUGGUUUUGGACCUGCCCCUAAAACUUUAGUUCUUAAUCUUACAGGAACUAUUGUCCAUACUGAAUUCAAAUUUGGCAAAGGUACUCAAAUUAAGAAGAGACCUGGAUUGAAUGAAUUUCUUAACAGACUUUCUGAACAUUAUGAGAUCGUUAUUCUUGCUGACGAAGAUUCAUUUUUUGUUGAUGAAGUCAGAUAACACUUAGACCCAAAUUAAAGAAUAUUUUUUAAUGGAUUUGGUAAAGAAGCUAUGGUUUUUGAAGGAAAGUACUAUAAAGAUUUGAGUUACUUAAAUAGAGAUUUAAAAAGAAUUGUUGUUGUUGAUUGGAACGAAGAUUACUAUAAAAAGCAUAUUGAUAAUGCUAUUAUUUUAGAUAAGUACACUGGUAACUAAGAUGACUAGCUUUUGAAAGAAACUCUUCCUUUACUAUUGCGCUUAGCAAAUCCUAACAUUAAGGAUGUUAGACAAGAAUUAAGCAAAUAUGGUCACCAUAACCCUGGAAAAGCAUUUGUUGCAGAAAUGUAAACUAAGGUUGAUGCUUUGAAGCAACGUUAAUAAAAAGGUUUCGGUGGAUUUAUUUUAGGUGGUAGUAAUUAAUAAGCAUAUCCUUAAUACGCUAAGAAAGAUAACUAUUGA